GUACGCUAACAACAUGCCAGGCGUGCCGCAAUCGCUGGUCGGGUGCGCGCUGCUCGCGUCCGAAACGGCCGCCGAUAUCGCCAGGCGGUGUCGGUCCGAUACCAGGUUGCUGUCGUUGCUGGUGCAAGAGAAGUGCGGCGACGAUGCCAACCACAGUCGGUUCGCCCGCGACUUCAAGACGCUGGCCGACGUGCUGGUACAGUGCGUGGUGGCCAAACGAAUCGGCCAACAGUUUCCAGAGCUCAACGACAGUGUUUACGGUGAAGAAAAUGACACUAUACAGAAUAACGUGGGACGGGACGUGACUAUAAGGGUUGGAGACACGGUCGACGAGACAUUAGAAUGUUUGUGCGAGGCUCUCGACAAUGACCUGGAGUCGGCCAGGAGCUUGGCGGAAGCGGCUCACAGGCAGUUUACAGUGGAUCAGCUCAACGUGGACUUGGUGCCACCCGAUAGUGAAGUCUUGGAUUUGACAAAGGUCGGCAUUUGGAUAGAUCCUAUUGAUUCGACUAACGAGUACAUAAGUGGAAACGUCGAAGCAGAAAACGAAUUUGGGUUCCAUUCAAGUGGACUUCAUUGUGUUACUAUAAAUAUCGGUGUAUUCGACAAGGAGACCGGCAAACCCUUAGCAGGCGUUAUCAAUCAGCCGUUCUACAUGCGCGACGCGGACAAAAGGUGGUCUGGACGUUGCUACUGGGCGUUGUGCAACCAACAGCAAAAGGGUCUCCAUUCGUUACCAACGUUCGUCAACGAAAACAAGCCAGAUGUGAUCGUGACCAGCAGUAGCGAGUGCGAAGCGGUUACAACAUCGCUGCGACAGUCCGGUUACACUGUGCUGACGGCGGCGGGCGCCGGUUACAAGCUCUUGUGCGUCGCGCUUGGCGCGGUUCGCGCGUACGUGCUGACCAAAGACUCGACUUUCGCGUGGGACACGUGCGCGGCUCACGCUAUGAUCGUGUCGCUGGGCGGCAACGCCUGUCACUGUGUGCGGCCGGCCGGUCUGGAACCAUUGACGUACAGCCCCAAAACUCUGUCGGGCAACCGGACAUACUGCAACGCGGCCGGCAUAAUAGCGUCCCGUCACCCGCAGACAGUACAAAAGGUGCACGCGCUCAUCAACGACUGAGCCACUGCCGGUGGCCAACCGUCGAAUUAUGAACUAUCUAUUGACGUGGGAUAGAUAUGGGUUAUAAACUAGAUUGCCACUGAAUGAUCCAAUUUCUUUGGAGAUACGGGCUUCACGCGAUGAAUUCGUUGGAAAUUGUUAUUAUUUACAAUAAAAAAUAUUUAAAAAAAAACCCAAAAAUGUAUGAGAUAGUGAAAACCCUAUAAAACCCACCGGAGUUUAACUUUGGCGGCUUCAUUCGAGUGAUUGCAUGCCCAACAUAAUAUUAUGACAGUUAGCAGUCUAGUUUAUUAUUAUCUAUAUCUAUGAACUGUGCUUAUAUUAAGUGACAAUUUUGUAAAUGAAGCGGUCAAAUCCCUAUGAUGUCGUCAAACCCUGCAUGUAAAUAAAACAAAUUUGGAUAAAGAGUGUUAAAGGGUGUUUAUCACUGACAUGUAUCGUCAGCGAUUAUUAUUUUAAAUUAUAAUUAUUAUUUAUUAUUACUAUUAUAAUGUGAUUAUUAUUUGAAAAAAAAACUUAUUACUAUACGUUUAGUGAUAUAUGAAGUUUCAUAAUUAUUUAAUCGUUGAUAAUAUAUAUUUUUUGAAAAAAUAAAAUCAGUAUUCGUCGCACUAUAGUAGUAUUUAAGUAAGUUUUGUAAUUGUAUUUUAAAAUACGAAUUAUUUUUUUAGACUCCCAGUUCACCGACUACCGUAUUAAACACAAAUAACUAUUGUUAACUAAUAUAAUAUAAGCCACCGCUGUAUUGAAUGUCUGUGAUUACAUUUUACUUUUAAGGCUGUCAACACAAGAAUAUUUAUCGUUUAUUUUACAGUUGAUCGAAGAAAUGGUAAAUAUUUUUGUGUUGAUAGUUGCGUAGAAAAUAUUUUGUGUUAGUGGAUGAUGGAGUGAAUUUAGCAUUUUCACAUAGAAAUACAGUAUAAUAUAUACAUAUGUAAUAUUAAUUGAACUUUGUCAACAUGAAUGUAUUUUUUUUUUUUACAUAACGUUGAUUUUAUAUAACCUUUGACAAUAUUAUAAGAAUUUAAAUUAAAUGUUACACUAAUAUGGUCGAUAAUACCAAAUAAAGUGAUAGUGAUCUAAACAUACAGCGUAAAAGUAUUUUAUGUGUUUUGUUAUUAAAUUUCUAAUUAUUUACCUAAAACAGAAAUAUUUAAAACUUCGUUAAUCGUUAGGUACCUUUUUUAGUAAGCACUGUGUAAGCAUUUUAUAAUUACAAUUGUUUUGUUAAUUAUAGAGCGAGUUAACCUAUUUUUGCUGUCUAACUAGUUAAAUUUUUAUUG